GGCCUGAACAGCAUGCUGGCCGUCGGCAACGACCUGUUCGUGCAGCGCAACGCCGCAAUGACGUCCCUCCAGGGCCUGGUGGUGCAGAAGGUGGGCGUCCUGACGGGCGGCAACCUCGUCAUCCACGCAAACCCGCUGCUUGCUUCCCUGGGCGACCUUCCCCGAACCCUCACUGAGGUCAAGGGGGGCGUCCGCAUCUCGGCCAACAGCCCGACGCUGCCCUCUUCGGAGGCCGACGCCGUCGCCGCGACUGCCCUCGAAAACGCGUAG